AUCUAGACCAAGCUGUCAUGAUGGCAAAACAUACCUGUGAGGAGUGUGGAUACAGCACGUCUGCGACUGGACACUUCAGACGACACAUGAGAAAACAUACAGGAGAGAAAAGUUGUGAGGAAUGUGGAUACAAGUCAGAUAAAAGGGCCUACAUGUCCCGACAUAUGAAAACGCAUACUGGAGUAAAACCCUACAUGUGUGAAAAGUGUGGAUACAGGACGGCUGACAGUUCCAACCUGGCUCGACACAUGAAAAACCAUGCGGGUGAAAAACCGUAUCUAUGUGGCGAGUGUGGAUACAGGACGCCCAGACGGUCGGCCCUUUCACGACACAUGAGAAAGCAUACAGGUGAGAAACCCUACAAAUGUGACCAGUGCGCCUUUUCUGCUGCAGAAAAAAAGGUGGUAGACAACCACUUCAUGGCGAAACACACCGAUGAUAAGCCCUACAUGUGCGGGGAGUGUGGAUACAGGACUGCCGACAGGUCUAACCUAUCCCGACACAUGAGAAAACAUACUGGUGAGAAACCCUACAAGUGUAACCAGUGCGACUAUUCUGCUGCACAGAAAGUUGACUUAAAUCAACAUGUCAUGGCAAAACAUGACGGUGAAAAACCCUACAUGUGUGGGGAGUGCGGAUACAGAACCACUUGUAAGUCUGCCCUAAGUGUACACAUGAGACAACAUACAGGCGAGAAACCCUACAAGUGUGACCAGUGUGACUAUUCUGCUGCACAGAGAUUUCACCUAGAUAGGCAUGUGGCAAAACACAACAUCGUUGGGUAUACCGGUAAUUAAGUUAGCAAGGCCUAGGAAAAGAAAUUUUGCCUUUUUCCGACCGACCCUAGAAAAAACUGCCGACCAUAGACUUUUUUGGGGUGGACCCUGA